CCAGCUCUUCUUCUACAAGUCCAACUCGCCCUCCUUCUCGUCGUACUUUGUCAUUCUCGUCUCGUUACCCAUCGGCCGCUGGAUGGCCAGGAGCUUUCCGAAGCAAUCGACGCACAUCCCUUUCACCAGCUUCUCCGUAGACCUUAAUCCGGGCCCUUUCAAUAUGAAGUGAGAAUGACUCCUACCCCGGCCUCUUGUGUUCGCCGAUGCUUACAGUCCCUCGUCAGAGAGCACCUCUUGAUCGCUGUCCUGUCAUCAUGCGCCGCAGUGAGCGCGUACGCCGCCGACAUCAUCAACAUUGGCGAGCUUUUCUUCGACGUUCACCUUGGCAUCUUCUCAAGCCUCACGCUGCUUCUCACGACACAGACGCUGGGUUUCUCCUUUGCCGGUCUUGUACAUGAUCUACUCGUCAAGCCCGUGGCCAUGAUAUUCCCGUCGACGCUCGUCACUACGACAAUGUUCACGACACUGCACGACCAGUCCUCCAUCGAUAUGCGCCCUCGGCUCCGAUUCUUUACCAUGGCUUUUGUCGGCAUCUUCGCCUAUCAAUUCCUGCCAAAUCUCUUUGCGCCAACGCUCUCCUCAAUGGCACUACUGUGCUUUAUCGAUCCUUCAAACAAAGCGUUUCGUACGCUUUCAUCCGGCUACAAAGGCUUUGGUCUACCUAAUAUCUCCCUCGACUGGAACGCGAUCGCAACUUCAGGUCCACUCUAUCAGCCGUGGUGGGCUGCGCUCAAUUUCUACGGCGGCAUUGCUGCGGCCAUGUACGUCGUCAUGCCGAUCCUCUACGCCAUGGAUUUCUGGGACGCUCAGAGCUUCCCGUCGCCGAUCGAUGCGGGCAUGUACGAGCAGAACCACGCGAAAUUCGACGUCAAGUCGGUCUUGACGCCCGAUCAUUCCCUCGAUCAAGCAGAGUGGGCCAAAAAGAAACCUCUGCUCCUCACACCUUGGUUUGCCCUCAGCUAUGGCCUUUCGUUUGCCGUUCUCACGAGCAUGAUCAGCCAUGUGCUCCUUUGGCAUCGAAAGGACAUCUACAAGGCCCUCCGAUAUCCGAACCACGAAGAUGUACACAACCGCCUGAUGAAGGCCUAUCAUCCCGUGCCCAGACGCUGGUAUGUUAUGACAUUCGUUGUCUCGCUCUCGUCAGCCGUCAUUCUCGUCGCCACGACGCCGCUACAGCUGCCGGUAUGGGGCCUGCUGCUCGCAGUCGGCAUUGCUCUUCUGUUCCUUAUCCCUGUUGGCGUCAUCAAGGCCGUGUCAGACACGGGCAUCGGCCUCAACGUCAUCACCGAGUUUGUCGCCGGGCUGCUGCUGCCUGGCAAGCCCAUCGCAAAUGUCUGCUUCAAAUGCUACGGCUACAUGGCCAUGUCGCAGGCGCUGGACCUUACAACGGACCUGAAGCUGGCUCACUACAUGAAGAUUCCACCAAAGGCCAUGUUCCUUGCGCAAGUCUGGGGCACGGUGAUUGGCUGUGUUGUCAACCUCGCCGUCGUCCGACUGGUGCUGAGCCCUGCGGCAGGGUACCGUGCCUUUCUCGACGGGACCCAGGUGGACCCGACGGGACAGUGGGACGGUCGCAAGCUCAACAUCUUUUAUUCCGCCUCAGUCAUUUGGGGCGCCAUUGGCCCGGUUGAAUUCUUUAGCGGCAAAUACCGGAUCCUCUUUUGGGGCUUCGCCAUUGGCGCGCUUGCACCCUUUGUGCCCUGGAUGCUCAAUAAGCGAUGGCCUCGCAGGUACUGGCAUCUGGUCAACUUUCCCGUCCUCAUUCAUGGCGCUGCCUCGCCACCUCAGACGCCCACGAAUAUCAUCCUCUCGGGCUUUACCGCCGCGUGGGCUUCGCAGUGGUGGGCUCGCAAACGGCAUCCGCGUUGGUUUGGCAAGCGGAAUUACGUCUUGGCCGCCGCCCUCGAUGCGGGCUCGUCGGUCAAUGCGCUCUGCAUCUUUGUCCUCUCCAUCACCCUGCUCAAAGUCCUGCCGAUGCCCCACUGGUGGAUGAACCCGGCAAAAGACUCGGAGCAUUGCACACCUUAGAUUACAACAAGAAAGUACGUUCUUCCGUAGCACCAAAAAAACCGCUGUACGAUUACCUUUCUAGACGAGCAAAUGAUCCCUCCAAGCCUAAAUUUCGGGAUAGAUUCGCCACAUUG